AGUAUUCUCGGAGAUUUCAACAAAGAACAAGAAGCCUUCUUAAGAAGUAAAAGCUCAGGAUCUUGUGAUACACCAGUAGCACCAUGGGUUGGAUAUGUUGAUGAAGAGACUGUUAAACAGCAGAUAUUGUCAUUAUCAAAGGACAAACGAAACUUCAUGCGUAACCCACCAACUGGAGUACAGUUUCAGUUUAGUGUGGACAGUAUAUAUCCAGUUGCUAGUAUCAUGUUAGAAGAAGACCCAGAACUAAGAAAGAUGAGAUUUGAGCUUGUUCCAAAAUUUGUCAGUGAGGAAAAUUUCUGGAGAAAUUAUUUCUACAGAGUUUCUCUCGUCAAACAGUCAACCCAGCUAACAUCAAUGACACAAGAAAAAAAAGGUGGGUCUUCUACAGUCUAUUCAGCAGCUCUUACACCUGAAGAGAAAAAGAAAGGGCAGACUUUGCAUGAAGAGGAAGAAGAAACAGCAGACAGCCCUACCCAUGAAUUUGUGAGUGAUGCUUAUGAAGGCAGCCAUGUAUCAGAAGAAGACAUAAAAGAAGGAAUGAAACAACUGGGAGUGGAAGGGAAAACAGAACAACCUUCAAACGAUGAAGACUGGGAAAAAGAGUUGCAACAAGAACUAUGUGAGUAUGAAGUGGUUACUGAUGGAACAAAUGCUGAAGAUGAUGCAGAGUGGGAUGAGGAAAUCCAACAAAUGUUAAAAGCUGAGAACUUAGAUGAAAGAAAGUAGAGAACAGGUUUUUUCACUCCAUUGCAGUUGAUUGAAAAUUAGUCUGUUUGACCAACAAGAAAGAAGUACUUUCAUAUUUACAAUUAUUUUUUUUAAUUGAUUCACCAAAGAGUGACUGAAAAAAAAAGCACUUUCAGGUGAAGGUUUGGAAAGGCACAAUUUGUUUUCAAUUUACGAAAUUAUUACACUACACUAUGUGAUUCUGAAAAAAUUAGAAUAAGGUAACAUAGAAUUUAACUUAAUGUGAAAUGUAAAAAUUAGUUCAAAUUGUAAAUGAUGAUAAAAUUCUAACACCUCUAAAGAGGCCAAUCUGUCAGUCUAGCUUGAAUUAAAAUAAAUGUGUAUAUAUACAUAUACAAUAUAAAAAUGACCUUUAAUUUACAUCGAAAUAUUGUGAAACUUUAUGUGUAAAAGUAGAAGUAUUGUUUUAUAUAACUAAAUUGUAUUGGAACAGCUGUUUAUUAACUAUCUCAAGGAAUAUUUGUUAACUAAUUGAAAUAGGUACUCUUACUCUUGUAUCUCAGAUAAUGCCAUGUAACUGCAUCUUUUCAGCAUAUGUUCAACUUAAACAGAGGCUCAUUUCGUAAAUAUGUGUAUCAACAGUAUAUACCAAAUGGAAUUUAUUAUCAGAUUUACAUUGAUUUCAAUAACCAUGUGAUAUGGUGAGUACAGAGAACAGUAAAUAUGUUAAAUGUUCUCACACCACCUGGUGGGUUGAUGUAAACUACUAACAUUAAAAAUUCCAUAAGAUUUAUUGUAAGCAACAUAUCAGGUGUAAAAUACUUCAAUAUUUAAGUAAGUAACUAUGAGUAUAUGACAUACCAAAACCAGGUUCUGUUCUAUUUUUUUUUAAAUUCUGGUGUGUUAAGAAUAAUCUUUUACAUUUAGGGUGAAUUGUGAGCAAAGUCAAGGUGGCCACAAACUUGGUCAGUCAUCUGUAUUAUUUUAUCUGGUGAUAAUUACUUAACUUACUGUAUUUGAUUAUAGGUUAGAUCAAAUAUAACUCAAAGUCCAACAUUUUAUUUCUAUCAUGAAAUUCCACUACCUGUGUUUUAAGAUCUUUUUCUGUAGUCUCAAGUUGUUAUUACCAUCUGUAAGCAGAUUACAGACUAAAAUGGUGCUAAUGUAGUUAAAAUUAUGAUAAAAAAAAGUAAAGUAUUAGUGUAAUGUAUGCAGAAGUGUGCAUUUCUGGAAAAUCUGAAAUUUUACCUGGAAAGACAGGGAAAGAUAUUUUGGAAAGAAAUGUGGCCACCUUGAAAACACACAAAAAAACUUUAAAGGUAAAAUAAUGUAGCAUUUAAAAAAAAUUGUUUAGGACCUCUCAGAAAAUGCUGAAAUUGAAAACAAACAAUAGUAAUAACAUUCCAGAUUAAAGUGGAAUUAUAAAUAGGUUAUAGCAUGUUAUUUACUUUAAAGUUACAAUGCAAAUUAGGCUUAGUUUUUUUGAUUGAAUUAUUUUAUUUGUUGUUUUUUUUUUCACCUGAAGGUAUAAUUUUUAUUUUUAUGCAUUUGUAGCAUCAGUUGUUUUCCAUAUUAUUUUCUUCAAGUCAAGUAUAGAUAGCAAACUUGAAGUGUAACAGGAAAGACAUGCAUAUGUUUCAGGAUGAAAUGUGUGUUAUUUAUGAUAUGUAAUAUACAUAAGAUCACAAAAUAAAGUUUUCUUUAACCAGUU